AAAGCGCGGUUCCUGUUCUAGAAAGUGCUUGCGCCGGAGUUUUUUCAAAUGUCGGUAUGUAUCGAGAUUGGAGGGGACCUAGCAUUAUAUACGCGGGUGCCUUUGUGCGUCCACGCAAGUCACCGUGGCCGACAGACGGAUUUAUCAGGGGAGACUGACCAGGGCUGACUCCUGAGCUUUACAUAGCGUGGAUGGCCAAAUUCACAUCAUCAUCAUCAGCAUACAAAUAUUCUGAUUGAACAUCCUCGAGGCUCCCAAGGGCUCCCACCCUUGUCUUCGAGUCUUCGACGCGUCAUGGACAGAAAAUCAGACGAGUGCCUACUAGGAGAGAGCCCAAGACAGGACGCAUACGACGACUCAGAGGAGCCAUUCAUUCCUUCGCGUGCCAAACCAUUACCAGCUAAAGGCAGGAAUCCGUCUCUCAGGACGAUCUGCGCAGCUCUGGCAGGCAUCUCCUUGCUCGGCUUUGGAGUUAUUCUGUUCAAGCCCUUGAGCUAUCUAGAAAUACAGGAUGCGCCCGUGUAUUCUGCUGCCUUCGACUCGCAGUUAUAUGUCCAAGGCCCACCUACCCAACGCUUUCGAGAUAACCUGCUUAACGACACAAAGUAUAUUACAUCAUGGGCUUCAGCGGGAUGGACGAAUGACGUGAUGACCUAUGGCAAUUUGAUUUACCUGGCACUCAUAACAGAGCGUAUACCCAUAAUCCCCAAGUUCCUCUCUUCUCAUAUUGACUCAAGUGCACCUCCAUUUCCUUUCGGGGAAAUUAUUGAUGUCCCUCGGCUUAGCCAAGCCAUAGGGACUCCCUUACUUGAAUGGCAUGAAGUAAAGGAUUGGGAAAGCCAGGUUCUCGAUGAUCUUGGUUGUUGGAGUGUUUGGGAAAGCGUUGAAAAGUAUCAAGAGGAUCCCCGUCCACGGGGAAGUCCCUCCAUAGGCCGGCUCAAUCUCGAUAUCUCAUGGACGCGAACCCCAGAUUGGGUCAAGCUGACACCUCCUGGCGUAGAAGACGAUCAUGCGUCCUUUUGGUCCCUUGCAACACUUGGGUUUCCGCAGGCUCGUUCGAAUAACCUAGGAUUAACGAAUCAUCCUUCUCCUCAGCAUCAGGUUUCCCUUCCCCCGGAUGAUCACUUACUAUGCUUCGAUUUCCUUUACUUCGUAGGCGCACAAAAUCCAUGGGAAUGGCAAUCAGAUUAUUCUCCUGCAUGGAGAUUUGUAGGCCAACACAUGCGAUGGAAUGCAACCAUCGAAAGGCUUGCUGACGCGCAUGCCAGGCGCGCCAUGAACGUGCAAUCAAACGAACCAACACCUCCCUAUAUAUCUGUCCACAUACGACAUGGCGACUUCGGCGAUCAAUGUAAUGAUGGUAUUUCAUUGGAUCAGUGCUUUGCCCCGUUGUCGAUCAUUGCGCGCAGGGUAUCCGAGGUGCAAGAGGAGCUUCGCACACAAAAGGGGGUUGAGGUUACACAAGUUAUCGUGACGAGCGAUGAGAGCGACCCGGAAUGGUGGUCAGGGGUCAGGGCAUUGGGCUGGACGUGGGUAGAUUAUGCGGCGGAGCGGACAGAGGAGAUCUACGGAAAGUGGCAUCCGGUGUUCAUUGACGCUAUCAUUCAGUCGAAUGGAGCUGGUUUCGUUGGCACUCGUGGCUCCACGAUGUCCCUUCUAGCUCUCCGCAGAGUGCAAUCGUGGCAUGACGGACCAACUCGGAUCGUCCAAUGGGGACAACCGGGCGCUGAUGACCGCUGAUGUGAUUGGAAUGGUGGAAUCGAGAUGACCUUGCGCCGCAAAAAUCAUUGGCUGAAAUGAUUUUUCUCGUUUCAUAUAUAUAUAUAUAAUGCGCACAAUGGCCCCUCCUGGGCUUGAAUCUACAUGCGGAGGCAACAAGAGGCUGGAACUCGAUGUUCUUCUUCGUGUAUUGUACUGGAACUAAGUCUUAUUUCUACCAGAUCAAACCGAGCCGUCAU